UCUUUUCUUAAAUAUAGCUCAAGCAAUUAAAUAUAAUUUUGGUGAUGAUGAUGAUGAAGAAGAAUAUUAUCCCGUACUCCAUGAAAACCAGGCAGAUGAUUCCCCACCAGCUGAUGUUUGCAAUAACAUGAAUACGGGGGCAGAAGAAAAUGAUGUAGAUGACGAUGAUGAUGAUUUUUUUGCUCCUAAAAAAGAUGCAAAGAAGCCCACUUCUCCUGCGAAGCCCACUUCUCCUGCGAAGCCCACUUCUCCUGCGAAGCCCACUUCCCCUGCAAAGGCAGCCAGCCCCAAGUUUGACGAUGAUGAUUCUUCUGAGGAUGAAAAUGCCGACUUGUUUAGCCGAGUCAGUGAACAAAACAAGAAAGCUCGAGACGACGCUGUCUUUGGGAUAUCAACUACACUUAUAAAACCAUCAAUUAAAACCACAAUUCCCAAAGAACCUAUGAAAAGCACCAUCACUUACCAUUUAUCUAGCGACGAUGAGGAUAAAGAACUCGACUUUGUACCUGAAGAACCUCUGAAGAAAGCAGUAAAGAAAAAGGCUCCCAAAAAAGAAAAGACAACAGAAAAAUCCGACCGCAAAGAACGUGAAAUCUUUAGAGCUUUUAGACGAAGUGUUUCACAAAGCGAACCAAGUCAAUCCAGCAAAUCCAAGCCUCCAAAAACAACUCCUGGCCGAAACCAACCUGUAAUCUUUAGUGCUUUCAAAAGAACAGUUUCAGAAGAUAAACCAAGUCAAACCAGCAAAUCCAAGCCUUCAAAAACAACUUAUGGCCGAAACCAACCUACAAUCCUUAGUGCUUUCAAAAGAACAGUUUCAGAAGAUGAACCAAAUCAAACCAGCAAAUCCAAGCCUUCAAAAACAACUUAUGAAAAACCUGUUAAAAAGAGAAAAACCAAAAAGAAGGAAGACAGUGAUUCCGACAGUGGUUUUGUCCCUAAGAAACCCAAAGUAACUAAAGUCAAGAAAGUAAGUAUUUUGUCAUUUCUCUCUCCAUUUGUAUCUUCCUCAUAUUGCCAUAAUUUCCAUAACAGCUACUACAGGAGAUCAUUAUUUCUUAACGAACAUUGAUUAUUCUCAUAAUUU